AAUGAGCAAUACGAGACGCCCGAGGCCCGAGCGCGUAGCGGGCUCGCAGCUCGCCUGUUGGUGCUGGGCGUUCACCCUUCAGUCCUUCACGGCUUCACCCCCUCCGGCCGUCCCCUCCUCUAUAUCCCGUUCUCGUUCUCCCCCUCUCUCUCCGCCGCCCCUGCUGCAGUCGCCCGCUUCAUCCAGGCGCCGCUCUCCGGCAUCCUCCGGCCACAGCUGGCCCAGACACCCCGCUGCUCAGUCUCCGCCGCACCUGCCGCAGUCGGCAGCCUCCCUCCCUCCCUCCCUCCCUUCCUCCCUGGCGGCAACGACUGGGCGAGCUCCGCCUCCGCGCAACGUCUUGGCGGUGUCCUUUGCCGGCGACGGGCACCACCAGUCUACCACUAGAAGGCUGAUGGAGUGCGUGGUGCAGGGAAUCAUCGAGACCCAGCAUGUUGAGGCUCUUGAGGUUCUUCUCCAGGGUCUCUCUGGUGUCCCAAAAGAGCGUGUUAGGGUGCAUGAGCUCUGUCUUAAAAGUGGGCCCAAUCUAGGUGUUGUCCCAUCAGAGGUUCGUUUAUUGUGUGACUUAGCUCAGGCCACACCAUCCUGGACCAUAAGACAUGUUGGUGGUGCCAUGAGAGGUGCUGGUGCAGAGCAAAUCUCAGUUCUGGUUCGUACAGUUGUAGAGAGCAAAGCUAGCAAGAAUGUCUUGCACUACUUCUACACUUUAGGGUACAAGCUAGACCAUGAAAUCUUGAAAAUCGGUUUUGCAUUUCGUUUCCACCGGGGUGCCCAGAUCACUGUUACUGUUACAUCUGCUAACAAGAUGCCAAGGCUCCAUGCAACUGAUGAAGCUGUGCCGGUCACUCCUGGCAUACAGCUAGUGGAAAUCACAGCUCCUGCCGCUGCGGACAAUUAUAAUGAUGUUGUUUCAGCCGUCACUGCAUUCUGUGAAUAUCUUGCACCGCUGCUACAUCUGUCAAAACCAGGACAUUCGACUGGAAUUGUGGCAACUGCAGGUGCCGCUGCUGCCUCGCUAAUGUCAAGUGGUGGUGGCAAAACCUUGUGAAGUGGUCUUGUUGGAUGCUGAGGUGGUCUCGUGCUGCUGCAGUUUUGCCUUAUGGCUGGCGGUGCCUAUGGCUGGUACUGUUUUAUGCCUACCCAAUUGGUUGACCUGAUGUCGUGCCUUGUAGCUGCACGGUCUCAGAGACCUACCUGUCGUGUAUACCCGAUUACCCGUUGAUUUUAGUAUUCUUAUUGACUAAAUCAUUUAGCUGGCGUUAUCUCAUUGCGGCACUUGUUCUGAAGUAACGCUCAACGAAGCUGCAAGUGCUUGGUGUAUGGGACAUCAUGGGGCAGCACGUUGAGUAGUGUUUUCCGUCUUGGUCAUCUUUUGUGAUGUUCACGAGAUAGAUGACUAUUGGUGCCAUUGUCUAAUUUUAAGAAUUGGAGUGAUGUUGGACUGAUACGUAGAAUAUGAUAGGGCAUUUUUCCGAUGAUACUCCCCUGUAUAAUUGAGGUAUUUAUUAUAUGUGCAGUUACAGUUUUUUUCUGA